UCCGCCUAUCUCUUUUCUCUUCUUUCUUCUUUAUCCAAAACUGAACAACAGAGAAACUCGGGAGAUAGGGUUUCAAUUAAAAUUUCCUCUUCUUUCUUCGUCGUCCCUAAAUCAAACACAGAAAACCCCAGAAUCAAUAAUUAUUUUGUCUUCUUUCUUCGUUAUCCCUAAAUCUAACAGCACACAAAACCCGAAAAUCAAUAAUCCAAUAAUCAGUUUAAUACAUAAGAGUUUCGAUCAAAAUUUUAGUUGAAAUACUUUACACCCAGCCUAAAUUUAAUACUUAGGCCUCCAAUUGAAAUCUCGGUAACUCUGUUUAUGGAAUAAUCUGAAGAUUUGUUCAAUUUUCUAAAAGUUGGCGAACAAAUACAGAUUGCAGGACUUCAACCCCCCCCCCUCCAAACAAGGAGGAAAGAGUUGUUGCUAACUUGAUCAGGUGGAUCUGUGUUGUCUACGAAGGUUUGGAAAAGCUGCUACUCUUUGCAGCUUCAUUACAUUAUAAGUUGCAUGUUACCAUCCACUAAAGUUUCCAAAGCUGUUGAUUAACCGGAAUGGAUUUUUUGUUCAAGACGGUCCUUGAUGAUGGUGAUUAGAAAUCUACUCUGUAAAAGUUAAGCUGAAGACAGUUUCCUAUUAUAGCUGCUAAACUUUUGUACUUUCGCCCUUAACAGUGUAACCGGAGUGUGAGAUUGCUGAAAAUCCUGGCAGAACAUAGUGUGUAAACUUAACAGCAAAACCUGAUCGUUUUGUUUACAGGUAUAAUCAGUCGUUACACAUCGAGGACUUGCCAAGCUAUGAAGAGCGAAUUUACGUCUAGCCAGGAAGACUUGGCUUUGCAAGAGAUGACCGGGCCAACUGCUAGAGAAGCACAAGAGCAGGCAAUAGCAGCAACGCUGGGGAGGCAAGAACAUCUCUGUGAGCUUAUCCGUUCAUUGGUCGUGUUAGCAUCUGCAUCUACACUGAGUGGGGAAUGACCUCUUAUCAUCUAUUUCAUGGGUUUUGUUCUUUUACUCUCUCUUGAAGAAUAAGUUUACCAUUUCCAUUCCUCAGAUCCUUUACUCUUUGUUUCAACCACCUCAGGAGAUGUUGCUAAGACAUUUAGCCUCGUGGGAGGCCCACACAGAGAUGAUAAAGCGGUGGUUUCUCUGAAGAUCAAUGGUCAUUAUUCGAUAAUAAGUGGCCUGCGCUCAUUUGCCAUGGACACUGUGUUUGUUUCAUGGAGAACUUUUUGCAACUUAAAAACUGACGGGCUCAAGCAUAUCGAGCCCGCUCUUAUAAGGGCAAAAAUUUGAGGAGUUAUGCUCAGACCUUCGUGACCGGGAUACAAGGAUCGUUUCAAUGACGUAGAUGAGAUGUUUUCUUCCACAUGCUGAUAAUAAAGCAAUGAACCAAGCACUUCGAAUUGGGCAGUCUAACAGGCUCAUGGUGUCUAGACUAGUUGUUAAUGCUAGUUUUGAGGAGGCUAUCCUGAAGUCAGGUGAAAAGAAACCAAUGCUUGUUCAGCAGUCUAUUGUUAAUAAAUUUGGGUCUUACAAGAAAGUGGAGAAUAUCAGAAGAUGGGGAACAGAAGGAGUGUUUACUGAAUCAUUUGGUGGUAUCAGAAAAGAUUCGACUGAUAAUUCCAGUGGCGAGGUUGAGGUUAUAGAACAUGAGAGAAAGAUUGGUGGUGUCUUGGUGAACGUUUAUGAAGAACAAGGAGGAAUUGAAGCUGUUCCUGCUGUCUCAGGGGACGUAUGUGAAUCAAAUCCUGAGAAGAAACAGGAUGCCGUGGUUGGUGCUACUGAAGGAACCAGAUGGGCUAUUCUCAUUGCUGGUUCGAAAGGUUACGGUAACUACAGGCAUCAGGCUGCGGUGUGCCAUGCAUACCAGAUACUGAAGGACGGCGGUUUGAAUGAUGAAAACAUAGUGGUAAUGAUGUAUGGUGAUAUCGUCUAUGACGAGAAUAAUCCUACACCUGGUAUUCUCAUUAAUGAGCCCAACGGUCCUGAUGUUUACCAAGGCGUUCCUAAGGAUUACGUCGGAGAGGACGUAAAUUCCAGCAAUUUUUGGGAUGUAUUACUUGGGAACAAGAAUGCUUUAGCUGGGACGGGAAGCGGUAAAGUUGUGGCUAGCGGCCCAAAUGAUACGAUUUUUAUAUAUUAUGCUGAUCAUGGUGCGCCAAGUCGCCUUAGUAUGCCUUCCCCAGACGAUGGAUUAGACGCAGAGGCGUUUAAUCUUGCUCUCCAAAUUAAGCAUUAUUCGAAGGGCUAUAAAAGUAUGUUGAUAUACAUUGAAGCUUGUUACGCGGGUGCUAUGUUUCAAACCCACUUAAAACCUGGAUUAAAUGUGUACGCAACAACUGCCUCUGAUCCAACUGGAAAGUCUUUUGGAUGUUUUUCGCUUCCCGAAUACGGAAUAUGUGUAGCUGACUUCUAUAGUGCUAUCUGGAUGAGGCACUGUCACAUAUCUGACAUGACUACUGUUACUUUGAAUAAUCACUAUGAAUUCGACAGAGAAGAAACAAGUCGGUAUCAAGAAGUUUCUGUGACGAGAUACGGCGAUAUCGAGAAACUGGGUGAUCAAAGUAUGUCUACGUAUAUUGGCGGGAAAAGUACAAGAAGUGGUGUACAUUAUUCAUCAAAAACUGGCCAUGAAGCAGAUUCACACAAUUAUAUCAAUCGAAUUGAUAUUGGUCUCGCAUAUUUUCAACAACAGUAUCAAAAUGAUAGCUUGGGAACCAAACUAAGAGCAGAAGCUUGGCGAACUUACCAAAAUGGCCUGCUACAAAGAAUAUAUAUAGAAGCCAGUAUGGACCUUAUUGGUGAGUUUUUAUUUGGUACAACGGAGAAAGCUACUACUGCGGUGGAAGCUGUAAGGCCUGCUGGACAACCUAUUGUGGAUGACUGGAACUGCUACCAGACAAUGGUGGAAACGUAUGAGAAAAUUUGUGGACCAUUUUCGCCAUAUGGACUUGAAGAUUUGCGUGCUUUAGCAACCAUAUGUAAUGCAGGUGUUAAGCCAGAAGAUUUGGCGAAAGCUGCAGAAUAUGCUUGUAGUAUCCUUGGUAAGAGACCUCUUCAGCUCGAGAUCUAGUGAGGAAUUUUAGUGUUUUAUAAAUUUGUAAUACCGUGAUUUGCCUUGGUAUGUAACUGCUUCUGUUCUUUAAUACUCUAUAUCUUUUGAUGCUAAUGUUAUUGUUAGCAUUAGUUACAUGCUAAUGCUAUAUCUUUUAAUACUCUUACCGUGCUAAUGCUAAUACUCUAUAUCUUUUGAUGCUAA